UAUGGCGGACGGAAGUUGACUUUGAAGGCAAAAUAUGAUGAUUUGGUUUUCUCUCUUUUGCACAAAUAUUUAACAAUGAUUGGGGUCCUAAACUCUGCUUAAAUAUCAGUACAUCAUGGCAGAWUCUUCGGGAAUAACCAAUGCAGRUCAAGCAAGCCCUCGUUCUCCGAGUCCAAUGCCACCAGUGUCGAGAGAAAGAGCUGUACUUGAAACCUUUUUCCACGCUCUCAGCCAGUUUGCAUUUGAAAAAGCAAAAGAUCUAGUGGAGAGGGAAAGAGAUGCCAGAAGWCCACUUUCUUUGAACUCUUCAAAUAUCAACAUCUGGCAAUCAUUCAUUAAUAUUUUGCCCCAAUUAGCAGCAGCAGAAAAGAAUUAUUUUGCUCUUUCAUUUGUUGCMAGAAAAAUAUUCAGAAAAGAUUUUGCCAGGGACAGUUAUAAAGUAAUUUUGGGCGAACUAAAGAAAACAGAAGAAAUGGGAGAGAAUUCCCAUUCACUUCCCACUCCUCCAAUUGAGUGCAGUCUCAUAACGGAACUGUGCCGUCAUGUUUCCCAAUUUGUUCAGGCAAGACUUGAAAUCAUGGAUUUCUAUGAAAACAUGGCAGCAGUUUGUGUAUUACCAAGCCCUAGUUAUGAAGACCUGGUCAGUAUCAUUGACGAGAUUAUUUCCAAACACCAGAAAGGAUUUCAUCACCCCAUAUUAGAUCCUCUAAAGUCAAGUUUUAGUAAUGAGGUAGAUAUACUCCAACAAUUAUUAAAAGCCCAGUACGUCAUGACGGAGUGGAAUUUCCUGACAKCAUUGCUUCAUCUUCAUGAAAGUCAUACUAAGCUUACSUCAUGGGGGCAGUUGUUACCUACUUUGACCAGUAAAGAGCUUGCUGCUACAGUAACUACRAAGAAGUCGAUAUUCAGUAGUGCACCCAAGAAACAGGCAGAAGUUCCGUUCAUUUACCUAUGGUUGAGUAAACUACAUGCCUCACUUGUUUCUAAGUUUACAUUCUACUUCUACACUGUUCUUGGCGCUCAAACAUCGACCUCCGAGAUGAAAGUGAUGGCUUCAAGAGCAACUGUCGAUUAUGCGSCCAAGAUUUCCGCAUUUCAACGUAAGUCCGAUGCUCUCAAUAUUUCCAUCCUAUUGGAUGCCAGGGGACUGACGUCAUACCGUGGCCAUGGUUACCACUUCCCAGAGGAUGUUGUGGAUCAACCAUCGGGUCUUGGGGCAUUCCCGGCCAUCGUUUCCUUCCCGAGGGACCGACCAGCCGAACAUUGGCCGAAUAUUAUCUCAAUCAUGUUAAACAAAGAGCAUGGAAACGACCUGACCCUUACUGAUAAAAUAGUGUACUUCUUUGACAACCGAGUACAAAGUACGUAUUUUCUAACCCGAGUGGAUCAUCGGAUGACAUUAGUCAUGAUUUUCAGCACCAAAAAGGCCGAGAAAGACUCUUAUAUUACAUCUUUYAUUAACGGUAGGACAAACUUUAUUUGUGUCGAUGUAAAAUGUUCUUUCCUUUCACUAAAAUGUGCCCGUUGUUUUUCUAGAAAUUGCGACUCAAUUGAGAAAUACAAAGUUAUUUUCUAUGCUCAAGCAAGGAACAUAACAGCGUUUUGAGAAGUGAUUGUUUUACGAGCAAUGGCUAGAAUGCCUACUCAUGGGCGAUGGGCGACUCGUCUACAGUCGUCUCUCGUACGCAAUGCAUCAAGGGAAAUAGAAAAGAAAGCGGGUUUCGUUUCUUUCUCUCUCUCUCCUUUCCUUUUGUUGAUGUAGAGAGACAACUGGGAACGAGUCAACUCCAGUAGUACAAGGGACCGGCAAACACCUUAAAAAUAUAUAUACAUUUAAAUCUGGUGAAGAGAAGCCUCUCGAAAGAACAAUUCAAAAUCGUCAAGAAACCGUAUGAGGAAUUUACUG